CUUUUAUCCUGUCGCCUCCUGCCUGCCACCUUCAGCUAAACCAGAAUGAGACCGAGACAGGUACCUACAGAAAAAAAAGAGGAGGAGAGCGAUCAGGGAAAAAGAGGAGCUCUCCCAGUUAUUGUAAUAUGCAGCACCCCAUCCCCAAGUCUCCUUUCGGACAGUUGCUUUCGUUUGUCAAUUCUUCUUGUCUUGUUGAAUGGUGCGCGCGUUGCUUGGAUGGGAAUCCCUAGUCUGACUUGACCAACCCACAUACGUUGGCACGAGCAAAGGGUCAUCUCAUCGACCAAAACGCGCCAGUCGGUCGAUAUCAUGCUAAAGCAGCAUUUCCCCGGCAGCCGCACGUCCAAGUCGAUAUACCCUCCUCGCCGCUAAUAAGGUCGACUCCCAUACUUUGACCACCAAGCCCUUUAACUCUUCUUUGACUAUCUUUAAUCCCGUUUGGACUUUAUGCUCCUACACGUCGCUCUCUUUUAGACCCAGUCGCACGCUCCCUACAGAAUAUUUCCAUUUUCUUCUUCUUUUGUUUCUUUUCCCGUUGUUCAUCUUUGCGCCUCAUUUUUUCUUAUCCUUGAUUGCCACAAGAAACGUCACGACAACGCACCCUGGAUUUAGUGUGUGGAAAUUGGCUGUACUGUACUAUCGAUCUCUGGCGCCCACACGAACGAAUAGCGAGAAACGAUUUCUACGAUCGCCGAAUACCAUCACCUGGCAAUUAUCCCCGCAAAAGCGCGGGUCAGCAACUGUUUUGUUUCUUUUCUGCGGUUGAAAUACGGCUUCAUAAAGACGAGAUUACGAACGAUAGCACGCAGCGAAAAGAGACGCCUUUUUUUUUUUUUUUUUUUUGUUCUCCCAGGACGGCAGUUGCCCUGGAUUAUUCUUAAUGACAACGACGACCAACGAAACUCAAAACGGCCUUUCUGCGAUACGAACAGCUACCUGUACGACGGAAAGCAGCAGUCCCUAGCAACAGGACAGCCUUAACGACGCAUCAUCGCCAUUUAUCAUCUAUUUGUUUUCGCAUCAGAGAAAGGCACUGGCGAUUCGGGACUGACCGAUUUGGACUUCAUUGGACCGUGCUAGCUGGCAAGUCUAGAACUUAGUCAGAGCUGGCGGAGCACCGGGAAAUUCUUUGUCUUGCUGUGGGCUAGGCUUAUCAAAUCGAAUCGAAAUCGAAUCGACGGCGAACAUGGCUACAGUCUAAGCCUGUCAUCAUACUCAUUUUCGUCCUGACCGCGCAAAGACCUCAAAUCACGGGACCGCACUGCACGUGCCUGGUCCCGGCCGAGAGGUUCAACGGAAAUGUCGGGGCCACCACCGCCACCAAAGGAGCACACCUCGCGGCGAACGUCUACCACCAGCAGCAACUCUCAAUCAAACAGCAGCAGCCAUGGCAUUCGUAUCGUCCCCUAUACGCCACCAAAGAUUGUUCCUGGUCAAUCUGAAGGUUGGGGGGCAGGAAGGCGACGCACGUCGAGCCAAUCGUCGAUCGCAUCAUCCUCGCAGCAUCAACAACAACAGCACCAGCUCCAGCACCAGCAGUUGUUCAACGAACGCCCGCAAUCUCUAUUGCUGCAGCGGGCGCAGGCACAGCCACAGCCACGCUACAGCUACCCACAAGUGCAAAAACCCGAACCCGCUUAUUAUCAAGGCUCUGGGGAUGAAGGCGGGCGCAGCCAAGGAAACCCAGCAAAGCUCGUCUCGGCUAAUCGAUUGGCCGAUACCAAAGGGGGUCUGGUUUCAGGCACGAAACCAGCCGCACCACCAAGCGAACCAGCAACCCCUCCACCAGCCCCUGGCACAGGGCCACCAUUGCUUGGCCCCCGCGGCUCCAAUUUCAUUGCCCUUAAUGCGCAAUUACACGAACCGCAACCACCAGCGCGCCAAUCCUCAAAGCGUCACCUGUCAGUGCCUGCCUCAUCAAACUCGGUAGCAUCUAGCAGCAGUGAUGGCGCGACCGGUUCCUCACGCCCAAAGUCGCGGCGCCGCAACUUUGUCGCCAUUCAUUCCGACAAGACAUUUACCCUAGUGCCCCUCGCCAAGACAGGCUUCUUUGACAGCCAGACCAACAGCACCACCAGCGGGCGCACCAGCGUCGGGAGCCAUGGCCUGUCUUCGGACCCAGGGAGUCUCGGCAGCCGCAGCACUGUAACAUCCCCACCGCUGUCCAUGUCAACCGUCAGGUCCUCCGGCUCGCAUGAAGGCCUGUCAGACGCUUUUUUCUCAGACGCUUUCAGUGACGAUCGUCCUAAUUCGCCAGCCAGUACUGCGGACACUAUCCCUGAGCGGACCCAUGACGCGAGCCCACCUUCACCCCCUGCCACUGCUGUUGCCCAAUUAGAUGAUGAUCUUAUUGGCCCGCAAUCUUCUUCACCCUGGAAUUAUCGGAUGGUCGGCGGCUUGAGGAAAGUUCCCAGCACGCCUCACCCUACUCGCUUUCAACCAUCUGAUGAUCGAGACUCGAGUUUAUCGCCGCUACUCGAAGCAUCUUCGACCCCAACCUCCGACCCCGAGAAGCAGGACGCUCCUCCAGUACGCUCCCUAAUAACCAAAGAAUCUUUUGCAUCGGUCCAGACCACUUCUACCUUCUCCGACUCCGCCAACUACAAGGUCUAUUCUCAGAGCUCUCCGCUACGGAACUCGACAGAGACAUUGCCGCCGCCGUCCCCCGGUAGCCCUAACGUGCAGCUACUCGGCCAAUCAUCGCCCGUCAGCCCCUACGACAGCAGUCCUGUUCGCCCCCACGGCAGCUCAGGGAGUGAAGACAACUACGUGGUCCACGGCGAACCAUCACCAUCGCCCGCUGGGCCCCUCGUCGGGAGACCUCGACCCAAGUUCUCUCAAGAGAGCCUAGUUGUACCGCCCCUCCACCCGACGCGCAAAAAGUCCCAAGAAAAGUUUGGAUACUACAAGCAGCGCUCGAGGGAAAACCUGCGUCGAGAUCGACCGUCUUCUUCAAGGUCGACGCAGUCAAUCUCGUCCGUCAUCGCUUCGGACACUGCACGGACCCUUUUCGCCGGCGCAGCCUCCAUACUCAAGUCUCAUAGCGCUACCACAGGAGAAAAGUCAAGCAGUGCGUCGCGACUGCAACCAGAUUCAUGGGCGGUCUCACCACCAAGUCAUUCGGGCUUCGGCAAAACGACACAAUCCUUGACCGUCCCCAUGAUAGAACCACAUCCACAUCAAUGGAGCUCCCAGCUGUCCACGGUUAUGUCGGAGGACGAGGAGGGGAGCAGUCAAGGAGGCUCGAGGUCACUAUCCAGAUCGACACUGAGGCGCGGAGGUAGCAUAAGUGGCAGUGGUACCGGCAGUGGUAAUGCCAGCAGUGAUGAGCGGAGGAACAGUACAGGAUGGGCUAGCAGCACACACAGUCGACAGCUACUGAGCAUAUCUUCUUCGCUCGCUGCACAACUCGAGGAAAGCCGCUCACAGACGGAUUCCUUGGAGCGACCAGCAGCGGCGUAUGGACGUGGCAAUGGGUACUACGGUGAUCGAACCGUCCGAGAGCUGGACGAAGACGGCGAGGGCAUCACAGAUUUGCGCCAAUUAUCCAACCGCCCUUCGCGGUCUGGCCUGUCUGGCUUCUUCAGCAGUAGCGACUCUUCCCGAAACCUACAUUCCUCUGCAAGCUCUCGGAGCUUCAACUCGUCUUCGGUUCCAGGAUGGGCUAGAGUCUAUUACGGGUCAGGCGAACGCAAACAGCUCAGUGCGCCAUCAAUAUCUGAAAUGUCUGAAGGAAGCCGACCCAACUCUGCCAUGCGCGCUGAUCCUGGAAGCCCGAACACCGACCACUUCCCGUUGAACCUAUGGAGCCCCCGGAAGCGAGUCAACGAGGUACAGCCCGGCAGCGCUGAGCAGCGACCGUUUUCAGAUACUGGAAGCAUGGAGAUCGAAAACGCGCCCCCCAUGGAUGACUGGCGCAUCCGCCCUGGGUUGCGCAAAAUGACGAGCAGCAUAUGGUCACCUCACUUGCGAUACGACAGACGCGCCAGCAGGUUCAACGCGUGGGACCCACCUAGUAUCAGCUGGAGCGCAGACAGCCAUGUUCUGGGUAGGAGGAAUGCACAGGUUGCCCUGUUUGUUCUGGGAUUCAUCUUUCCAUUUGCGUGGAUGAUCGCGGCAUUGCUCCCAUUGCCCGCCGAGCCCCAGCUACAGAUGUUGGAAGGCGACAACAGCCAAAGCGAACUUGGAAUCCCAGACUCCCUCCGCCGCCGAGUAACCCCCGCCGACGAUAUCCGAUACCAGAGUGCCAAAUGGUGGCGCACGCUCAACAGAUGUAUGUCAGCCGUUGGGUUGAUCAUAAUUGGCGUCGUCAUUGGUCUGGUAGUCGUUGGUAUUCGGCAGGGAUGGUACCAACGCCCCUGAGUGUGACGCCUACAACGCUAAGCUAAGCUUUCGCCUACAAACACCGGCGAGCCGACGCACCGACGCUAUUGAUUGCUAUAUUUAUAACUUCUACUACUUUUUCAUUGGGUCAUAUUUACUACUUCUUUCUUAAUGACUAUUGCACGCAACGAUAUGCAGCGGCUUAUUACGACCCCGUCGAUCACACCUCGGCGUCUCUCCUACCGUCACCUACCUACCACGACACGAACGUCUUUCAUAAAGCUCUCGAUAGACUUCUCUUUACCCCAUCUCCUUCACUUAGAAUACCCUUUUUACCACCAAUCAAUCCGAUCCUUGUCGUUGUCAAUGACCGACGUCGGACUUUUACCUUCAAACCCUCCUGUAUCAUUAUACACAGCAUUAUCUAUCUGAUUCACUGGACUGCUAGAGACCGGGCGGAAAACCAUGUACAAACAAACAUUAUCGGAGUUUUCUACUUUUGAUACCCCUGGUCAAUUUUUUAAACUUUUUGUUCUUUCUUUGGGAAUGCUGGCAAGAAGGGAUUGGAACUUGUUGGAUACGGCACUGUUUGAUCAUCGUCCCGUCAUAAUGGAGGCCGAGUCGGAUCUAAUCCGAAGGACAAGCGCACCACAAGCAUGCUUUUGGACAAGGGUCAAAAGCGUUUGUGUCGCAAGCAUGCAAAAACCGACUUUUGGCCCGAUUAUAGUAACUCUUUGUCAGUUACCAAUCCUUCACAAUCCCCAUAUAUGUCUCAUAAUUCCUUUUUUCUUCUUUUUUCGGUUUUGGUUACACUCGCUCCUAAAUGGGAUAGGGUAUGCGAUUUUUGUGACAAAUCGACAGGCGACAAAAGGACAAAAAUUAGCUUAAUUUCUUACAUACCCUUGGAGGUAGUAGAUUUACUUUAGUCUGAGGUGGGCUAGGACCAGCUGACUCUCUGCUUUUUUUUUUUUUGGUAUUUUUCUUGGAUUUUGCUGGUCCUUCACCCAUUUUCUCAGUUUAAAUGUCUAAUGAAUCAUUCAACCCAUAAUCUGAGACGACCCUGCAUCCUGGACAGUUUGACUG